AUGCCAGAAGGUAAAGAGCAAAUCACUGCCAUCAGGGCAUUGGGAGACACCGAGCUCUUCAAGCCAAUCCAAUUGGGUCCAAACAAACUCGCACAGAGAAUAGCAUUUGCCCCAUCGACAAGGUUCAGAGCAACUGAAAACCACGUUCCCACGGAUCUUCAACUCGAAUACUAUACAGCACGAGCACAAGCUCCAGGAACACUCAUCAUCACCGAGGCCACGUUUGCCUCGCCGCAGGGAGCAGGCUACGCUCACGUUCCUGGGAUAUUCACUCAGGAGCAAACCCAAGCAUGGAAGAAAGUCACCGACGCCAUCCGCUCACAGGGCUCCUUCUCAUGCGUGCAAUUGUGGCACUUGGGCAGGACCGCUGAGCCCGAGAACUUGAAAAACGAAGGCCAGGACUUUGUCUCUAGCUCAGCGUUGUAUUAUUCCGAGGAAAGCAAAGAGAAGGCAGUUAAAGCCGGCAACCCCAUCCGCGCACUCACUGAGGCGGAGAUCGAGGAUAUGAUUGAACAUCAGUACCCCACCGCGGCGCGAAACGCGUUAGAUGCCGGUUUCGAUUACGUGGAGAUCCACUCGGCGCACGGGUACACCUUGGACCAAUUCUUGAAUGCGCUGAGCAACCAUCGUGAGGAUCAAUGGGGCGGCUCGAUUGAAAACAGAGCCCGCUUGCUCCUCCGCGUCAUCGACAAGCUUAUCCCCAUCGUGGGCGCUGAUCGUCUCGCGGUGCGAUUAUCCCCCUGGGCCAAGUUCCAAGUUGACGAGUGCGACGGCGCUGAGGUUCAUUCGUAUGUUCUCGAGCAGCUUCAAAACCGGGCUGAGUCGGGCAACCAGUUGGCGUAUGUGUCGAUUGUCGAGCCGCGGGUGUCGGGAAUAUAUGACGUGGACGCGCAAAAGGGUGAGAGCAACGAGUUUGCGUUGAAGAUAUGGAAAGGGGUGUUUAUCCGCGCGGGCAAUUUCACUUAUGAUGCCCCCGAGUUCAAGAGUUUGAUCCGCGAUGUCGAUGAUGGAAGAACGAUUAUUGCGUUCUCGAGGUUUUUCUUGAGCAAUCCUGACUUGGUGCACAGGUUGAAGGUGGGGUUGCCCUUGACUAACUAUGAUAGAGAUACUUUUUACCAGUUUUACAACUGGGGGUACAAUACUUGGAAUGGCGAGGCUGAUGCCGACAAGAGCUACGACGAGGAGAAGGAGAAGCAUGUCUUUGGGAAAGCGUUGGCGUGA